UAAGAUAUUGAUACCAUAUUGUGUAUGUACAUGUAUACCAUAAUUGCAAUGAUCCAAUUCAUUUAAAGGAUCAGGCAAUGUACAAACAGCCAAUGUCUAUUGAGUUUUCACUUACUAUAAAGUUACAUAGAUAUGUAUAUUUUUCUAAUGACCUGUUAAGUACCUUUAGAGUUAGUCAAUCACAUUUGAGCAACAAGUUAUUAGUUAUCAUUCAUCAUUUUUACUGAAUUCUAUUAUUCAAGGCACAAAGGGACACAUUUCAUACUGGAAAUGUAUUUUUUGUCAUUUUUAGUUAUAUGAAGAAACGUGUAAAGCUUUGCAUGCAAGUACAAAUCUGACUAUAAAGACCUAUAGAUGUAUUUAAAAAAGAAUUUGAAUGCAUACUUAAGUGAAGCAAUGUCAAAAUUGUAUUGAGUUAUCUAUUCUAAUGCUUGGAGUACAAGUAACUGAGACAGCAACAAAAUCUUUCAUUCAAAUUAAAGUAAGCCGAAGCUAAAACCUAAAUGUUCAAAAGUUUGAAAAUAAAAUGAGACUAAUUUGUUAAAAGGAACAAUUAUAUUUAUCAGUAUUUAAUUUCAACUGAUAUUUUGUCCUAAAAGUUUAUGCUAAGUUAGAAGUCAUGACUUCAUAGAUAUUUAAGGUAAACAUUAAUUUUUCCAGAUUAAGAAAAUUUUGAUUAAUUUAAUGUAUUUUCUAUAUUUACCAGGAUCACACAGAACUACACACUUGACAAGCAUGAAAUCAUUGUCAAGUGUAUCCUUCAUAAUAGAUCAUCCUGAGAAAUUCCUGACAGACGAGAUGUUUGCACUGUUUAGAACAGCAUCAGAUGAUAUUAGUCAUAUUGUUAUAGAUGAAGCCCAUAUCAUCCAGAAAUGGGGUGCUAAUUUCCGACAGCAGUACAGUAAGCUACAGAAGUUACGGGCAGUUCUACCUGCAGCCAAAGUUCUGGCCCUGACUGGCUCAGCUGGUAAGGAAAAAAUUAAACAGAUAAAAUCAAGCGUGCUCAUGAGAAAUGUGUUGGAAAUAAGAGCACCUCUCAGUAGACCAAACAUAAAACUUUCUGUGAAAACAAGGCUGUCCAGUUUCCAUGUUGAAGAGUCCUUCAAGCAAGUCCUCAAUCCAGUUAUUCAGGAAUUGAAGGAGGAUCCAGAUAAAUUCGGAAAAACUGUUGUUUACAGUGAUUUAAAGUGGUGUGGAUUUGGGUACCAGGAGUGCCUUAGAUGCUAUCCUGACUUGAGAAAUAAAAUGGCUCAAUACCAUGCCCCUUGUACAGAAAGUAUGCGAAAGGAUGUCAUGGAUGGGAUGUCCGAGGGAAGAAUACAGUUGUUGUUUGCUACCGAGGCUUACAGCAUGGGAACUGACAUAAAAGACAUAAGGAGAAUUAUACACUUUGGAGUUCCAAAGUCAAUUGAAAGAAUUUAUACCACAGCAUAUAUUCAAGAGGUUGGAAGGGCUGGCAGAGACGGAAAACAAGCAGAAUCUGUGCUCUUUUUUAACAACAACGACAUAGCAUCAAACAGAAGACAUAUAGAAGCUGCUGUUGCAGACUACUGCAAGGAAACUGGAUGCAGAUGGGAGUUUCUUUGUAAGUACUUUAACUGCAGCACCAACCUAAAUCCUAACAAGCAUGAUUGCUGUGACAAUUGCAGUAAGUCCUGCACUUGUUAUGAUUGCAGUGACUUCGAUAUGGAAGUUCUGGAUUCCACAGAAGUUAAUUCUGAACACAAUUCAUUCUCGCAGGAAAAAGCAGAUAUGGUGUUUGGGACAUUAAUUGAAUAUUUCAAAUCAGUUAGUUAUAUACAGGCCUUACAUCAACAGUGGCCAGAAAACUUUCAAAAAACUACGAAAUCUACACUAAGAAAGACAGGAUAUCUGCUGAUUUUAAAAAUCUGA